GAGUAAUGUGAGUUCUGAAGGCUGCACUUGGGAUGAUGGGGAUGGUGGUGACCGUGAGUCAGCACUAACCUGGCCCACUUUCUCUCAGCAGGUGCCUUAAGAUCUCCCAAUGGAGUGGCUUGGCUCUAGGCUCCUGUUCCCUGUGAGCUGCCUGAUCCUGGUGUGGGCGGCAGUCUCUGGGAGUGUUCAGGUCCAGCUUCGGCCCACCUGCUUCUCCGACUACCUCAGCACCUCCGCCUGUGAGUGGAGGAUGGGCGGCCCCACCAACUGCAGCGCCGAGCUCCGCCUGACCUACCAGCUGGACUUUCCGGACUCCGAAAACCUUACGUGCGUUCCUGAGAACAGGGAUAGCAUGGUAUGCCUGUGCCACAUGUUGAUGGACGACGUGGCCAGUGUGGACAUCUACCAGCUGGACCUGUGGGCUGGGCCACAGCAGUUGUGGAGUGGCACCUUCAGGCCCAGUGAGCAUGUGAAACCCAGGGCCCCUGGAAACCUCACGGUUGAUGACAGCAUCUCUGGCAUGUGGCAGCUGACCUGGAGCAGCCCAUACCCUUCCGAGAGUUUCCUGCACUCCGAGCUCUCCUAUCUAGUCAACAUUUCAAGUGAAGAUGACCCCACGGAGUUCAUAGUCUACAAUGUGACCUACAUGGAGCCCACCCUCCGCUUCCCAGCCAGCACCUUAAAGCCCGGGGCUUCCUACAGUGCACGGGUGAGGGCCUGGGCCCAGAGCUACAACAGCACGUGGAGUGAGUGGAGCCCCAGCGUCAAGUGGCUUAACUACUACACGUGGCCCUGGGAGCAACGCCUCCCACUCACCGUCAGUAUCGCCUGCAUUGUCAUCCUGGUCAUCUGCCUGCCCUGCUAUUUCGGCAUUGUCAAGAUUAAGAAAGAAUGGUGGGACCAAAUUCCCAACCCAGCCCACAGCCCCCUCGUGGCUAUUGUCAUCCAGGAGUCUCAGGCGUCACUGUGGGGAAAGAGGUCCGGAGGCCAGGAACCAGCCAACUGCCCACCCUGGAAGACUUGUCUGGCUAAGCUCCUGCCCUGUUUGCUGGAGCAUGGAGUGGGCAAGGAUGACAGUUCCUCCAGGGCUGCGAGGAGCGGGCCUGUCCAGGGUCCUGGAGGACCAGCGUGGCACCCUGUGGAGGUCAGCAGGACGGUCCUCUGGCCAGAGAGCAUCAGCGUGGUGAAGUGCGUGGAGCUGUUAGAGGCCGCAGUGGAGAGUGAGGAGGAAGCUGGCGAAAGUAGAGGGAGCCUCUGCCCCUCUCCUGAGAGCAGCGGGGGCGGCUUCCAGGAGGGCAGGGCGGGCAUCGCGGCCCGGCUGGCAGAGAGCCUGUUCCUGGACCUUCUUGGGGGUGAGGAUGGCGGCUUUUGCCCGCCGGGCUUCGGGGAGCCCUGCCCUCUUCCACCUUCAGGAAGUGUGAGUGCGCAAAUGCCUUGGGCUGAGGUACCAAGUGAGGAGCCCCAGGAGGCAUCACUUCAGGAGGGGAAGCAGCCUCCUGGCCCAGAGCCAACCCCUCCAGCCACUCUGACGCAGAGCCCAGACUGCCCGGCUGGCACGGAGCUGCCCGCUGCCGGCAUCACAGACAACCCCGCUUACCGCAGCUUCGGCACCCUGCCGAGCCAGUCCUCGGGUCCUGGAGAGCUUGACUCAGACCCACAGCUGGCCCAGUACCUGGGCGAUGGGGACCCUCACAUCCUCUCUGCUCCCCAGCCCUCUGAGCCGCCCACUGCACUCCAGCCUGAGCCAGAAACCUGGGAGCAGGCCCUCCGCCGGAGCGUCCUGCAGCACAGGGCAGCCACAGCCCCCGCCUCGGCCCCCACCGGCGGCUACAGGCAGUUCGUGCCCGCGGUGAAGCAGGGCUGUGCCCAGGGCAGUGCAGCGGAGGGCUUCGGCCCUUCUGGAGAGGCUGGGUACAAGGCCUUCUCCAGCCCGCUCCCCAGCGGUGCCAUCUGCCCAGGGACAUCUGGGGUUGAGGCCAGCAGUGGGGAGGGAUGCUACAGGCCCUUCCAGAGCCUCACUUCUGGCUUUCCUGGGGUUCCCACCUCAGUCCCCCUGUUCACCUUUGGACUGGACAUGGAGCCACCUCACAGCCCUCAGAACUCACUCCUCCCCAGCAGCUCCCCAGAGUGCCUCGGUCUGGAGCCAGUGGCAAAGGGAGAGGACAGCCAGAAACACCCACUCUCCCUGGAGCAGGCCACAGACCCCCUCAGGGAUGACCUGGGCAGUGGCAUCGUCUACUCAGCCCUCAACUGCCACCUGUGUGGCCACCUGAAGCAACGUCACGGCCAGGAGGAGUGUGACGAGGCCCACAUUGUGGCCACCCCCUGCUGUGGCUGCUGUUGUGGAGACAGGUCCGAGCCCCCAGCAAACCCCCUGUCAGGUGGGGUUCCACUGGAGGUCAGCCUCCCUCCGGCCUCCCUGGUACCCUUGGGUGUCUCAGAGGAGGGCAAGUACUCUCUGUUCUUCCAGCCUGGCCCCAGCAAUGCUCAGAGCUCAAGCCAGACCCCCCAAAUGGUGGCCACGCUCUCCACAGGGCCCACACGCAUAAGUGCUUCCUAGGUGUGUGCUCUCUCUUUGCUGUGUGUGCCUUACCCAUGCCUGCAAAAUGCCUCCCCAUGGAAGGAAACCAGGCUGGUGAAUUUCCCAAAGACUCCAAGAGCCUUGGUAUGAAGUGAAAUUGUCUUACACUGGGGCUACAGAGACUGGAUGCCCCUGUUCUCAACAUUGACCAGAGCUCAGCACAUGCCAUGGGAGGGGAGCGCAAUGGGCAGCUAUGCCCAGCAGUCACCUGCAAGGAUCGGGAGGUUCCUGGGCACCUUGGCUUAUGAAUAAGCCAUUGGCCACUUGAUUAGUCCACAGCUUCUCCAGUGUACUGUCCCUGUCAUGCCCCCCCCCAUGCAUGUUUUGCCCACCUAGUCAGUCGGUUGCCCAUGUCUUGCCCAGUUCUGGGACUAGCUGCUGCCUGGAUUUGACAUUGAGCCUAAAACCUCACCAAGCCAUCAGAGGAGCAUUGGGAGGCCUUGGGAAACUGAUGGGAAAUUGAGGUCCUGGGAGGAACCCAUUCAUUCAGCAGAGCUUCAGUAGGUCG